UGUCGAGGAGGCUGUAGAUGACAGAUAUGUGGUAACAACUGUUCGCUCACAGAGUCGGAAUUGCUCCAAUGAACGGACAGUUCGGUAACGGGAUACUCAACACCAGUCCAUUUUUUACAAAAAGGCGCGAAUAUUGCCAUCCGAGGAAAAAAUUGUAACUUUGAGGUUUUUCUCAAUUUCGAAACUGAGAAUUAUCUCUCAGUGGCUUUUCGAACGGUUUUUAUGUGGGUGUUUAUCUGACCUGGAUUUUUCAUUUAUUAAUAAAAAGGAUAAAACACAUUUCCCACCUACUCUUUGGGCAACAACUAGUGCAAGACUUGGUGUGUUUUUUAAUGUCAAGAACUUGGAUAACAAUCUGUUGCAUCACGCGAUCUAAUUGUUUGCAGUAAUCAAAGGAUGAGCUGAACGUUUACAUGUGUUGUGAAAGUGGAACGCGCAAGGGAAUCUUUUAAUUUUCUUCGAAUGGCAACUGUUUCUUUUGCUGUUGAAGGAGCAAGAAGUUCUGAUGUAAAGGAAUUAUGAUGAAUAGAAUAUCACAAAACGAUGCAUGAAAAGAAUGGAGUUUGAUUUGGCGCAACAUGUUUCCUUAUGAUCUCCAGCAGCAGUUGUGGCCCUAAAUUGUUUGAGAAGUUCCUUCAAAACGUCAUCACGAGUCCUAAAUCCUUGUGGGAGUCUGCACCUGGAGGAAUAAUGUCUUCCUCCGAUGCGACAACGUACCUGAAUACAGUCAAGUGGGGCGACGAGGGACAUUACUUGAAGGAAUUUACGAGCAAGUUCAAACUGCCCCAGGUUGCCAAGAUUAUCAAAGGCCAACACCAGAAUCUUGGGGUGCCAACACUGCCUUCUCCGAAUCUCAACCAAGUGAUAUUCCUCUCCUCCGCUGGCACAAAGCUCAAAGUAAUUGCCCAGUGUGUGAAAUUCAAAGAUGCUGGUCGAAGGAUGGUGCCAGUUGGAUCUAAAUUGGCAGUUCCCGAAAAUUACGACGGAUGGUUUGAAAUACUUUCAGAAGACGGCCGGGCCGUUCGUUGCAUUGAAAGCGUAGCGGAACUGACUAGAAGAAAUCCCAAGUCUUGUUUAGUUCGAGACAGCAUUAAAGUAAACCUGCCAAGACCUGAUGAUGUAGACAGCGUCUGGGACAAGACUCGAACUAUAUCUCCUGGGGAAGUGCUCUCGCUUGGAGAACUUGCUACUGGAAGCUCACGUGGUAAUCGCAGCAGUGGAAAAUAUCUCAGCUGUGUGACAUCCUUUGGCGAUACUGUAUACUUGCCCCUAGAGCUUCGUGGAAGGUUUAGUACUAUAGCUGGUGAAGAUAAUAUCUCGGGCGUGCAUACCGUUAAAACACUGAUGUCGAAAAGAUUUCCUCUGAUGGUCCGACUCGUGCACGGUAAACCACCCGUUGGUGUGAAAACAGGAUCUCAAUUUGUGCAUGAGAUGCGACUGUAUUCCUUGAUUGAAGAAGAGUGUCUUGUUGCCAUGCCUUUAACAAAAGAUGUGGGUGUCGUUCCCCUACCACCAAAUGCCGCGCUUAAAAUCCUAGCUCCUAAAAAUUCGGAAAGCCUCGUAAAACUGCCAGAACAUACAGCUCUUGCCAACAAGUGCCACACUUUAAUGGCUGAAGUUUCUGGAUGUAUACAAGUCUGCGAUGUCAACUCUGUCCGCGAGAUAAAAAAUCUGCCUCCCUCUCCUCAGUACGUCUACACGAGACGACAAGCUCCUAACACCUACCGCACGGUUCCUCUGGUCAAACGCAGCGCAUCCGACCCUCAAGGCACCAAUAUGUCCGGAAGACUUCAUUUAGAGCGAGGGCUAUCUACUCCAAAUGAUUCUUCCCUUCCUUUUAAAGAGGUUUCGGAUGAUUUUUCCGACUCCGAUGACCUUAGAUACGAUGAAAUCGACCAGAUUUAUGAUUAUGUGAGAGGAUUUGCUCCUCUGCCGGUGAAUAUCAAAAAUGAGUUUUCAGCUUCUGAAGAGCAUAAAUCUCAGCUUUUGCCACAAAUUGCCGUAGAUAGUAUAAACGGUAAAUCAGGAGACAGAAAACCUCCUGAACCUCCUCCAAUAGAGACGAUUCCCGCUAGGAAAUCUAGCAAUGGAACUGUCAAGCACCAUCAAACGCCCCACAAAAUCACCGUUAGCAUUGUGAAUCGAACGCCCACCAUCAAAACCAAAGAUAUGUUCUUCCCAAAUCGAAGUCAGAAGACAAGAAAAUCAGCUGACGAUCACAUAUAUGAAAAAAUAGAGAAAAGGAAAAGUGGGCUGAAAUUAGUGAAAGUAUUUGAAACGCCUGGAAGAACACCAAUGCGUUCCAAUAGCGCUAGCAAAAUUUUCCAAAAUGGCACUCAGAAUGCUAAUUGCGAUAACAAUAAUAAUAACAAACUCCCCUACAAACGACAGAGCCAAUAUCAAUUGCACGUCAAUAAUUCCCAAAACCAUGUGAAUGGCAAAACCAGGUUUCAAAAGAAUAAUAAAAAUUCUUACGCUCACAAAGAUCUAUCUGGUGUCAAUCGGAAUAACAAAUCUCAAAAGUCGUCUUGGGUGAAUUGUGGCGUCAAAACUAUAGCGACUUCUCCCCUAUUCCACAUCCGAUACAAGUCUCUAACUGAUUUACUUAUGGACACAAAAAAAUCUAGCCCUGACUCUAGUAAUACGUCUUGUGGCAAAAAGAUUCAAGGCUCAGCUGGAUCCUCCUCCACUAUUUCAUCGAAAAACGAUAAUGAUAACCAAGACAAUCAGUCGGACAUCCUCGAGGAGGCACAAAAAAAUGCUAGAAACGGCCGUAGGUUGUCCAGGCCAAAAUCUUUGUCGAAUCUGGUUGGGGACAUAACGCCAAAGAGGAGACUGGACAAUCAUAACUAUUACAAUCUCGUGCAGAAUGAUCUCAUAAAACCACCAGAACUAAAUUGUUCUAAAUUUUAUUCCAUGCCUGACUCUUCGCGAUACGCUAAAAACCAUUAUGGAAAUUCCCAUCAUGCAAAGAAACUUGGAACAUUGUAUUUAUGAGAUGCUUCCUAAAUACAUUUUGACUCACGAUCAGCUUUAUUAUAAAAGCAAAUGUGCAAAAUUUUUCAUCCUUUAGCCAAGCUGUUCAGUAUACGUGAUGUCCUUUGGUGAUAAACGUCAAUAUUUUUUUCUUAAUUUAACCUGAUAAGUGUUGUCAAAAUAUGAAAGUCUUCAUGUUUUCCAUUACUUUUCCAAUGCCAUCAGUGUAUUUUCUUUUGUUCGUAUUUGUUGCGUUAUUGACUAUUGAUGAUGAGGGUGAAAUCAAUUAAAAAACCAGUCACAUAAUUUGAUCCGCUGUGAUAUUUUCACACUCAGCCAGCUGUUUAUGUGUGCUACUUCAACAGCAGAAUAUGAUGUAGUGUAGAAAACUAUAAUGAUGAUUAAUUGUUAUUAUUUUAUAAUAAAGUGCG